AUGCCAUGGCUGCUGCAGGACGUGGUCAUGGAGCCCCAGCCCGGGUCGCCGACGUCGCCGCCCUUCUCUCCGGGCACGACGUUAUGGGACAAUGCCAGGGCGGUAACACCGUCGGAAGAAACGGCAGCGCCGGACGAGCCAAAGGAGGAGGCGCCGGACGAGACAAAGGAGGAGGCCACGGAACUGGAGCCAGCCAGGAAGUCGACCGCGUCGUCCUCCUCCUCUUCCUCCUCCUCGUCCGCGUCGUCGGCUGAUAUCUCGUGCGACAUCGACAUUGUCGAGCUCGUCAACCCGUUGGCGGCGGCACUGCCGGUGCCGGUGCCGGUGCCGGACGACGAACACGGCGCGGAAGCCAAAGCGGUCGAGUCGGCGAUGCCGGAGGACGAAAGAGCCGCUCCCACCGAACACGGCGCCGAGGCCAAGCCGGCGGACUGCGCGAUGCCGGAGGGCGGACAGGCCGCUCCCGCGGUACACAGCGCGGAGGCCAAGCCGGAUGACUGGGUGACGUGGCCGGAGCCGCCGCCUCCGGCCGUCGACGACUCGUUCGCGUCGUCGGACGGCGGCGGCGGAUCCGGUGCGGCACCGACGGAGGCGCCGCCGCAGGUCCAGACGGUCUCGCCGGCCAACCUCGGAGCGGCGGGAGCGGGGGCGGGGGCGGCCGGGGCCAGCGGGUUCGACCCGGGGAGGAUCCCGGCGUCCGUGUUCCAGCACAGAACGUCGGUGUCGCAGGCCGAGUGGAGCAUGGCGUCCAACGAGUCGCUCUUCAGCAUCCAGGGCGCCAGCGACCUGUACCCCGGCAGCAGGUCGCACUUCGACUUCUACUACGACGAGGCCAUGGCGGAGGCGGCGGACUCCAAGCUGCCGUCCCUCGCGGAGGGCGCGGAGCCCGGGGACGCGCCCGAGUCCAGGGAGUUCGCGGCGCCGGGCAGCGCCGGGCGUGGCAACGCCAAGAGAGCCGCCGUGUUCCGGCAGCACGAGAGCAGCUCCGGAAGCAGCUCCAGCAACUUCUCCUUCGCCUUCCCAAUACUGGCGGAGACGUCGCCGAGGAAGAAGGACGUCGUCAACAGCGCGCUGUACCAGCCGCUGGAGAAGGAGCGCGAGCAGCAGCCGCCGCCGCAGCUCGAGCCCCCCGUGUCGGCCUUCAUGGAGAUGACGACGGAGGAGGAGCGGCGGAAGAGCGACACCGGGUGCUGUUGCUGCGGCUGCUGCUGGUUCGAUUGCUCCUGGUGCUGUCGGUGCCCGUGGUGGCGAUGCGGCUGCUGUUGCAGCUGCUCCUGCCCCAGCUUCUGCCGGUGCAGCUGGUGCCUCUGCUCAUGA